AUGAAUCGCUCAGCACGCCUACCACCGACGUUAUCCCCAUCAUUCGUAGCCCCUUAUUGGAGGCUUUUCGAAGCAACAAAAAUAAGAAAUACGAACUCAAGGCAAGUUGUCAUUGUUACUACAUCCAUCGAGCCAAUUUCCAACGUUUUUCUCCUUUUUUUAUUUUAUUUUCAACAGGAUAUUGUGAAUCACGUCGUAGAGUUUAGCGGGGAUCAACACGGUUCGCGAUUCAUUCAGCAAAAAUUGGAAACAGCCAGCAGCGAUGACAAGCAGCUCGUCUUUAAUGAAAUUUUGCCAAACUGUCUUCAGUUGAUGACCGAUGUCUUUGGAAACUAUGUGAUCCAAAAACUGUUUGAACACGGUAGUCAAGCGCAAAAGACGAUUUUGGCACGCCACAUGGAGGGACAUGUUCAGUCGUUGUCGCUUCAAAUGUACGGUUGCCGUGUGGUGCAAAAGGCUCUGGAGCAUGUGUUGACUGAUCAGCAAGCUCAGCUUAUCCGUGAAUUGGAUGGCAAGGUUCUCAAAUGUGUGAAAGAUCAAAAUGGCAAUCAUGUUGUACAAAAAGCCAUUGAAAGAGUUCCUGCUCAGCAUAUCCAGUUUAUUAUUGAAACUUUCCAUGGCCAAGUAUUUCAUUUAGCCACGCAUCCCUAUGGUUGCCGUGUGAUUCAACGCAUGUUUGAGCACUGUCCUGAAGAACAGACCAGCCAUUUAUUGGAGGAACUUCAUCGCAGUACUCGGUUAUUGGUCCAAGAUCAAUAUGGCAAUUAUGUGAUUCAGCAUAUUCUUGAGCAUGGCAAGCCGGAAGAUCGCGCAUUGAUUAUCCGUAAAAUCCGAGGUCAUACGCUACAAUUAAGCAAGCAUAAGUUUGCCAGCAAUGUGGUGGAAAAGUGCGUGGCGCAUGGUAACAAGCAAGAACGCCAAAUGUUGAUUGAUGAAGUGCUCCAAGCACGUCUCGAUUGCUCGUAUCCUUUGGUGUCCAUGAUGAAAGACCAAUAUGCCAACUAUGUAGUGCAGAAAAUGCUGGACGUGGUUGAUGGUGAACAACGAGAGCUUCUGGUGCGCAAAAUUAAGCCUCAUUUACCUGGUUUGAAGAAAUACACCUAUGGUAAACACUUGAUCAGCAGUAAGUUGUCCCCCGCGGCUGUCCACUUGUCGUUCUUUAGUGAAUCGUGA